GCUCACCACAUCCUAGUCUUGUUCAUUCCACUCCACAAAGCCACCAGCCCCUUCCGCAGCCACUAUUCAAUGUUGCGAGCCAUUCAUUUAAGUCCCCCCUCCCCUUAGGCACUAGAACUGGGACUUCUUCUUCGACACUACUUUCCAAUGUCAAUCUUGGCUCAACACAAGUACCCUUUGAGCUUCCGGCACCAUGUCCACCGGUGCCACAGGCCGUUCAUCCGCACCCGCGUAUGUUGCUUGGCCGCCACCACCAACACCGCCAAGCCUAGGCUUAAUUCUGACCAAUUAGUCAUGGAGCCACGGCUCGAUCCCUCACCAACCUCUGUCACAGAUCCUAACCGUCCCGUUCUCCACGACCCGACCCUGAAAUCAACAUGGUCUCAUCGUGCAUGGGUGGCAAGUGGGUGCACCACGGUGCUCAUCUCUCUAGCAAAAGCAGCAACGGGUGCAGCAGAAUCACACCUAUGGCUCGAGCCCAUUUUAGCUGGCUGGGUCGGUUACAUUUUAGCAGACCUUGGGUCCGGAGUCUACCACUGGGGUAUCGACAACUAUGGCGGAGCGUCAACUCCAUUUUUUGGUGCCCAAAUAGAGGCAUUUCAAGGUCACCAUAAAUGGCCAUGGACGAUCACUCGGCGACAAUUUGCGAACAACUUACACGCCCUCGCUCGAGCAGUGACCUUCACAGUGCUCCCAUUAGACCUUGCUUUCAACGACCCAGUUUUUCACGGAUUCGUGUGGGUGUGCUCUGGCUGCAUUAUGUUUAGCCAGCAAUUUCAUGCUUGGGCUCACACCACAAAGAGCAAGCUUCCGCCACUGGUGGUUACAUUGCAAGAUGCAGGGCUGCUGGUGUCUCGUUCUCAACAUGCUGAUCAUCAUCGCCCGCCUUAUAACAAUAACUACUGCAUCGUGAGUGGGGUUUGGAAUGAAUUCUUGGAUCGACAAAAGGUUUUUGGAGUAUUGGAGAUGAUGUUGUUCUUUAAGCUAGGGGUAAGACCCCGGUCAUGGAGUGAGCCCAACUCUGAGUGGACCGAAGAGAAUGAGAUCCCUCCUAAAAUUACAGCCCACUGACCUUCUCUGGUUACCUCUCCUUUUUUCACACGGUCGAGUUUUCUUGCUAGAAUUUAUGAUCCAUUGUUUGUGGGUGAAUGUUAUUGCAUAUUGCAAUGCGAUAUAUGUAGUUUGUGGAUAGACGUCUAUUUUGCACAAUGAAGGCCGUUCAAAUAAGCAAAA